GGAGUCUCGUCGGUGGCAAACCAUAUCGCAUGCAUAUCGCAUGAUUGCAGUCAUAUGGACGGCUAAUAUGUUUCUCAUGAGUCCCAUCGCUAUAUUAAGUCAAUUAUUGCCCAUUCAUACAUCGGGCAAAUUCAAGUGCCGGGAGGUGUGGCCGUCGGACACCAGCGAAGAGUUAUUCAAUUUAUCACUUCUACUGCUGUUACUAAUCAUACCAUUCGUAUUGAUGGCACUUAACUAUACCCUCAUCAGUAAGGAAUUGUACGGAACCCUCAAUAUUCUGCAACUCAGACACCAAAAGGACCAGUACUUGGCGGACAGACCUAAUCACACGAACAACAAUAAUAAUAUUAACUCGCAUUUUAUGACGUUUAUGGACUUUACGGACAGUCCGUCCACAUCCAUGUCCUCCCCCGACAACAAUAAUGUUACUUAUAACUGUAACUGUAAUCAUGGUAUAUGUACUUCAAAUCAUUCAUCCAUGUCCAAUAGGACAAACGUGCUAAUUAUUAGCGCGGGUAUUAAUGGAUCCGAGAGCACUACGAGUACGGUGGUCAAAAAAGUGAAAAUAGGGAAUUCUCGCGGAGUGUUGACACAAAUGGUGAACAAAAAGCGUAUAAUAAGAAUGCUAUGCGUUUUGGUGUUGGAGUUCUUCAUAUGCUGGACACCAGUCUAUGUCAUCAACAUCUGGUCACUCUAUUGGCCCAAACAGAUGUAUUCAAUGGUGAGCCCAACAAUCAUAUCAUACAUACAUUUGCUGUCAUACCUGAGCUCCUGUACUAAUCCCAUCACCUAUUGCUUUAUGCAUAAGAAGUUCCGAGAGGCUAUGAUGAUGUGGUGCCGGAAUGGUGGGUCACCCAAUCGGUACGUUAUUACCGAUUUGGAUCAGUCGAGUAGCACUAACCAGUCGCUAAGCGCCCACACCAACAGCACCGGUGUCCCCAACACUACCCGA